AAUCAACACGAAACUUCAUUAAUUGACUUACUCGCUCUUUGCAGAUAAAUUCAAACAUGGAGUUGUCAGUGGACACUGCAAUGGUUCCUUGUCCAGCUCCAUAUCGCCCUCUUCAUCUGGAGUCCUUGACCUGGAUUGAUCAGUUGUUUGUCUACAAAGAACCUCAUCCGGAUGAAUGUUUUGAUGAAGUCUGCUGUGGAAUAAAGCCUGACAACAGAUAUAAGGUCAAGGAUAAUGUCGGGAAUGUUCUUUUUAGUAUUCUUGAGGACAGUGAUUAUUGUAACAGGCAUUUCUAUCAAGGACGUUCCUUCAUAAUGAAUGUUAUUAAUGAAUCUAAUAAAGAGGUCAUCAGACUGGUGCACCCAUUUGUUUGCGGCAGCUUCAAUCAUGAGCUGGAGGUUCAGUCCCCACCAGGCUUUACCAUCGGACAUGUUCGACAAAACUGGCAUGUUUGCCUGCCUCAGUUCACAGUUGAGAAUAAACGAGGUGAACCAGUCGUUAAGAUCGCAGGACCAUUUUUACCUCUUACCUGCUGCGUGGAUCAGAACUUUGAGCUGGUGUCUUUGAACGGGGCAGCCACAGACGAACCAUUUGGCAAGAUCAUCAAACCCUUCUCAUGCAGUGUAAUAAACACAGGUGCAGAUUUUGUGCUGAGGUUUCCAAGCGACCUGGAUGUCAAAAUGAAAGCUACACUGUUGGGGGCCUGCAUACUUAUUGACUUCAUGCAUUAUGAUAAGCCAAAACAACAGAUACUAUGUCUACUAAAGUAUUUAUCCCCUUUGGCGGUUUUCACUCUGUUUACACUCAAGUAAACACGCAUGAACAACAAGGUAAAUUCAUAAUAAUCAUAUUCUUUAUUAAUAAAGAAGAAAACACAGGAGACUGCAGGAGAAGUACAGCAUAAACCACACUAAAUACUACUAGAACGGACAAAGACUAUUGAAAUCUCAGUAUUUUUUCAAACGAUUAUUAACCCCCAAAUUAUAUUCAUGUUUAUCAUUAUGAAAAAAAGAAAACAUAUACUGUGCAUUUGUGAUUUCAUUUACAGUUUAUGCCAGGGAUAUUUCACUGAAUGCACUAUGAAUCAGGGGCCAUAUUCACAAAACAUUGAGUUCUCCUAAAUAGCAGUAAAGGUUCUUAGCUAUAAGAGUUUCCUGCUCGCAAAGCUGCUGAGACCAACUUUAACUACGGAAUGGAAAGAAAUCUUAAGAGAAAGGGCGGGUUGACCUCAUUAUCAACUAAGAAAUAGUGCCCUCGUCUCAGAAGCUUUGAGAACAGGAUAUAAGAGGAAACUCACAGCUAAGAACUUUUACUGUUAUUUGGAAGAACUCUUAGUGCUAAGAUCAGUAGUUUUAUCGAUACGGCCCCAGUUGUAGUAAUAUGCUAAUGCUUUUACGUGUUUACAUUUCUUUUGAAUGUUCAAUGGUUUAAAAGUGAGAAGAAUAUAAUGUCACCUCAUUGUGCCCAGUUUUAUUUAUUACUGAGUUCUUAGAGUGAACCUUUGACUGAUUGUUUACAGUUAAAUGGAAUUUACUUCAACAAAUCACACAAAGUAACACAAGGCAUAGGAAAAAGGUGGAUGCAUACAGUACAAGAGGCAAACACAGGCAACUAAACGAAACACAGAUGACACUUAACGGAAACCAAGAAUGUAUUUUUUAUUUUAUUUUUUGUUGCCCAAAAUGAAUAUGUGUGUAUUUAAGGUCUUUAAAUUUGUGUGGAAAGUUACCAAGGUGGCUAUUCUUGUCUUUGCACCCAGGUAACACAUCAUUUUCCGCUUUGGAUACUAGGCCUACUUCAGAAAGAAGACCGAAGGAAGACAAAUGUCAACAGACUGCUUGCCAAAUUAUCCUCCAAUAAAGGCUGAAGAGAAAAGAAUGAUAGUUGGCAAAAAUUGCUUUUUAAUAUUGCAUCUUGCAAAAAAGAA